AUGGCAGGCCAAACAGAAGAUUCUCUUUACACCCCGGGACCAUCGAACUCCCACAAAAAAAGCACAGUUAUCGGUAUCUAUGGAAUAUCUGGAUGCGGCAAAUCAUACAUCUUGAAACAAAUGAGAAAAGAAUUCGAGAAUGAAAAAGGGUUCAUCUUUUAUGAAGGCUCCGAAGUAAUCGAUGAAUGUACCCCUGGUGGUCUGGAGGCCUUCAAGACCAUGGGAACAGAGCUGCAGAAACACUAUCAAAAGACUGCUAUCCAAAAGAUUGGGGAUCAGUCGACCGAGCUGGGAUGUGUUGCAAUUGUUGCGGGUCACUUUAUGUUUUGGGAGGAGGGUGGAACAAAUCAGCCUGUACUCGUGUGGAACUCUGCGGAUGCGGAAGUCUAUACACACAUAAUCUAUCUCAAAGUACCUGCCGCGAUUGUUCAGCAAAAUCGUCUAAAGGACAAGGAGAGAAAACGUUCGCAAGCAUCGGUUCAACAUCUCAAUAAGUGGCAGGAGAAAGAGAUGUUCGGAUUGCGCGAAACUUGCUAUCAGAACGCCAUUUUAAUUACCUGCGUAGGAGCGUUGGACCAGGUGUCGAAACUUGUGUUGAAUUUCCGACAUGACAGCGAGUCAAACAAUCUUGUUCUUGCCAAUACCAUGCUAACCCGCCAAGUUCUAUCUGCAGACGCCGAGCAAGAUUGGCCCGAAACCAUGCUAGUCAUGGAUGGCGAUAGAACUUUGGUGGCCGAGGACACUGGCGCAUUGUUCUGGCAGAUAUGGAUUGCAAGGCAUAAGUCGGAUGCUGCAGAGUAUCAAGAUCCGUUGAGAACAUUGUUCAGCAGCAAACUAGGUUAUUCCUACACAGCAUUUCGGCAAGCCGCUCUUAUUUAUGAAGAGUUGACGGAUGAUGCAGAAUUUGACGAUAUCUGCCAAGAAGUAGCUUCGAUUGUGAACAUACACCCAGAAUUUGUGUCUCUGCUACAAUCAGUAGCGAAAGAGAAGCAUAUCGGCUCAGUGAUUAUCAGUUGUGGCCUGCGCCGUGUAUGGGAGAAGAUUCUAGAGAAAGAAGGCCUAUCCAAAUCCGUCAGGGUCAUCGGGGGAGGGCGUGUCGCGGAUGGAAAUUAUGGAAUCGUUGUUACAGCUGAGGUGAAAGCUGCCUUGGUCAAGCGUCUGCGAGAAAACCCCAAGACGUAUGUUUGGGCCUUCGGAGAUAGUGUUCUGGACUUGGGUAUGCUCAAAGCGGCAAACAAAGCGAUCGUGGUGGUUGGCGAAGUGCAUAAGAGGAGCAAGAAGGUGGAAGCAGAGUUGCUGAAGGCCAUCGAUAACGACGGUCUUCGGGCAUCCCAGGUCAUGCUUCCAGAAAAUGAAUCACCACGACUGAACACUGAAAAACUUCCCUUGAUCAAGCUUACCGAUCAAAAGUUUUUGGAGGCAAUUUUUCACCACGAAGGUCGAUCUGGAAAGCUCCCAGUCUUUGAUGCAACGAACAAGAACGCCGCAAAGCUGCUGAUGACACCCACACGCGAUGCAACGAACCAAGGUCCAGCUCUAAGAGACCAUCAUCGCAGCAUUGGCCGUUAUUUGGCGAUUGAGUUCAUGUCUGAAGUUAUAGGCGUCGAGUCAUUCGAUAUACCCCACGUUCAAGGCCACCAGACAAGCGGCCAUCGACUGUUGCACGAGAGUCAAACAUUAAUAGUAGCAUUGAUGCGGGGCGGAGAGCCCAUGGCCCUCGGUAUCAAUGAUGCUUUCCCCCUGGCCAUGUUCCUCCACGCACAUGAUCCCGAGGACGUCAUGGCCAAGCAUCUUCAAGGUCAGAGCACGAUCGUAUUGGUAGAUUCCGUCAUCAAUAACGGCAAGACGAUCACUGAUUUUGUGCAACACAUUCGUAAGUUGAAUGCGAUUGUUCGCAUCGUCAUCGUGGCUGGCGUUGUCCAGGCCCAGUCUAUCGCCGAGGGAACUGGAAUCCUUGCAAGCACGCUCGUUCAACACGGGAAUUGCAGCAUUGUUGCACUUCGCAUCUCCGAUAACAAGUUCACGGGCAAAGGUGUUACGGAUACGGGCGAUCGUUUGUUUAACACGACGCAUCUGAUCUGA